AGAAACCAAAAUAGUGUCAAAUGUGAUAACUAAUAUGUCAUUUUAAAACGUCACAAAACCUAGUAAUCAGUAACCUUCAAAAUUUCUAGGUAUUCAAAACAAAAAUGUUAUUUAAUAGGUUUCGACUUCAAAAUUUAUUUCGAAUAUGUCCCAACAUAUUUUCCACAUCCCCUAGGUGCUUAAAAUCUGAUUCUAGCAAUGCAGAAACUGUAGAAUUGGCCUACUCCACCUACGAGAGCACCGAUACCGAUACGUCGAAACGACCGCCUCUAGUAAUUUUACAUGGACUGUUAGGUUCAAAAAAUAACUGGAACAGCAUGAGUAAAGCUAUUCACAAAGCAACAGGACGGAAGAUAAUCAGUGUCGAUGCUCGUAAUCAUGGUGACAGUAGGCAUUCUUCACAGCAUACCUACAUUCAUAUGGCCCACGACGUGAUAAAAUUGUUAAAAAAACUGGAAAUAUCAAAAGUAUCCAUUCUUGGGCAUAGCAUGGGCGGACGCACUGCAAUGGUUCUGUCACUACUUUGUGUAAGUUAUCUUGUAUCAAGUUUGAUUGUGGUUGACAUAUCUCCUGUGAAGACAAGUCCCCAGAUCUUCAGUAUGAUGAAUCUCUUUGAUGCCAUGACAUCAGUAUCAAUAAGGAGUGGUAUUGCAAUGUCUAAAGCAAGGAAAUUAGCUGAUGAACAAUUGAAAAAUAUCUCUCCUGACGUCAAUCUUAGAAAUUUUUUAAUAACCAACCUGGUUCAAACUAAUACAGGAUCCUAUACAUGGAGAGUUAAUUUGCCAGCAUUAAAAGAAAACUUUCAAAACCAUAUAUCAAAUUUCCCUUCCACUCUUAAAGGGCUGCAAUAUUGUGGACCAAGCUUGUUUAUUGGAGGCUCUCUAUCUGAUUACAUUGGGAAGAAUGAUUUGCCAGAAAUUCAAGAAUAUUUUCCACUAGCAGAACUAGUUUUUAUUGAUGGGGCAGGACAUUGGGUACAUAGCCAAAAGCCAGAGAAAUUUCUAGAAAAUGUUUGCAAAUUUUUAGGAGAUAAAUAAUGUUUUAAAAAUUCUAAUUGAUAUUAUAAUUCUUAGUCAAAUGUACAAAUAUUUGUUAAUAGUUUACAUUUAGUAGAAUAAUAUGUUAUUGUUUGAUUUGUUGCUUUUAGUUUAUCUAUUGGAUGUGGUUACACAAAUUGUCUUACAGGAAAUAACACACAACUUAUCAGUAAAUUCUCAAACACAACAUAUGAUUUUAAACAUGUCUGAGGUAUAUGAAUAAAACAAGUUUUACAAUA